UUCUUGUUCUUCUGUUUUAGCGCACUGCCAAAACUGCUUAAUGAUCUACAGAGUACAUACUUUUCUUUAGAGAUACAUCCGUACAUCAUACAUACACUCUGACAUUACGUAUGCUUGCUUUGUUUUAGGGAGACUUCCUUUUAUUUUAGAACCGUCGAAAAUUCGUAAACGUGGUUUGUUGGUGUGUUCUUGGGUUGUUUCAAUGGAGCUAGCUCUAUCACUUCUAACUCACUCCUUUUGGUAUUACUUUUCCUUUAACUAUACAACAUCUUAGUUUGUAUGAUGUUUUCUAUUUUCCCGUCACCCUUCUCACGCUCAGGAUACCGAGUGCUUGCGGCGAUUUUGGUUUUUCUAAUACUCCAGCAGUAUCUUUCUUUUCGCAGGCCGGUUUCCGUAAGCCAAAAAUAUCCUAACCAGGAAAACGUUCCGUCAACAUGCGACUCGCUUGAGGCACUCGAUGAUCUUUUCGUAAUUCUCAGGACAGGGGCUUCUGAGGCCCCUAAAAAACUUCCAGUUCAUUUUUCGACUACCCUACGCUGCGUUCCCCACUACGCCAUCUAUUCCGAUUACGAGGAGGAUAUUGAAGGGCAUCACGUCUACAAUGCUUUAGAUGAAAUUAACCCCGAAAUUAUAUCUACGCAUGCCGAUUUCGAAUAUUACCGUCGUCUACAAGAGAAGGGCAGAGAGGCUUUUUCAUCCGAAGAAUUAGAACAAUGGAGUUCCGCUAAAAAUACAAAAGGCGGACGGGAUAGUCCUGGUUGGAGGUUGGAUAAGUGGAAGUUUCUCCCAUUAGCGGAAAAGGCCCUUCGCGAGCGACCCGAUGCGAAGUGGUAUAUCUUCAUCGAGUCCGACACUUAUAUGCUCUGGCAAACCCUCCUAGAAUGGCUUGCUCAUUUUGAUCCUUCAAAGCCACACUAUCUGGGCAUGCAGAUGCAAAUUGGCGACGUCGUUUUUGCUUAUGGUGGCGCAGGUUUUGCGAUUUCCAACCCGGCGUUGAAUAUGGUUGUGGAACGCCGCAGAGAAAACCUCCAGUUCUACGACGAUCUCACCGGCGCUCACUGGGCUGGUGACUGUAUUUUAGGCAAAGCCCUAGCCGAUUCGGGUGUAAAUUUGCUCUGGUCCUUCCCGACUCUGACUAGUGACCAGCCCGCUGAUACGAACUUCAACUCGACGUUUGGUGGAUCAAAUAAGACACCCUGGUGUUACUACGCUGCAAGUUAUCACCAUCUUCCACCCGCGGAAUAUCAUAAGUUAGCCAAGUUCGAACAGACUUGGAAUCGGGAAGUAAGCUUAAAACUUAGUUGAUUAUUAGAUCGGCCGAUGCUAACAUUAGAGUUCUCGUUAGAACGUAUCUCGUCUACGUCACGG